AUGUACACAAAUUGGCAAGAACAAGGCUUGGACUCAUUUACUGCCAUCCGAUGGUAUCGUGUUGGUGCAGUUGUUGAAUAUCUACAUGAGCUUCGCAGAUACAUCAUCUGCACUCCAGGUAAAUUGAGUAGCACGUAUAUGCCAAUGUUACAAAAAGAGUACUCUCAAGUUUACGACGGCGAGCAAGAUGCUCUAUCAGAGGGACAUGCCAUGGCACAGCAGAACAAUGAGCGCACUCAAGGUCUCCCUGCCAAAGAGAGCCAACGAUUCCCUGCCCAUGAAGUCUACAUCUGUGAAGCCAUCGGUGAUUGGGGUCUCAUGCUGGAUCGUCUCGCACUGAUGUCAAGCAUCAUGGUCAAUACAAACAGAUUGGAACGAAGAUAUCCUCAUGUUGACACAGCGGGUGGCUUGGAAGAACAGGGUAUGGUGAUGAUUCAUAAACUUAUGCGAAUGAUUGUGGAGAGAGUAGACUUUGUCAAUCGUCAACAGUUUGAGGCACGUUAUGAUUUGAAUUGGCAACAAGAACAGGAGCAUGAACAAACAUCUCAACAGCGCAGUGGCAUCACGGAAAGCAAUAAAGCAAAUCAUGUCAAGCGUGAAGAGACUCCUAGGCGAGACACCACUGGCUCUGGAUCAAGCACUCCUCACUAUAGAUCCAUGUCGAGUGAUCGCUCAGAAGGCACUGUAGACUUGACAUCCAAUCAACCAAACUAA